AUGACUCAAGAUACCAAUCUCGGCUAUGAUGUCAAAUCUUUGAUGGCCAAAUUUGAGAAGGAGGCAUCUUCUUCUGCAGUUAACUGGAAGAAUACCGCAACAAUCUUAACAAAUCUCGGUAAAAUCGUAACAACAUUGCCAGAAAAGGCCAUUGACGAGAGCAAUUUCCUUCAAAUGUUUGCUAAAUUUUCAGAAUUCUUAGAAUCCCAUGCCGAGAAAAUUACUUUGCAGACAAAAAUUUUAAUUGUAAAGAUUCUUCAAAAUUCUGCAAUUAUAAUGACCAAAAAGCAGUUUAUCACUCAAGCCGAUGUUGCAAUAAGUAUUAUUUCCGAUCAAUUUGAAAAUGAAUGCAAGAAAGAAACUCCGAAUGUUGGAUAUUUAAUUACUUUACUCGAUGCUUUCUUCCACUUUAUACGUUUUCAGAUUGGUGAUAAUAAAGAAUACGUCGAAACAAUCAAUAAUCUUAACAAUGUUGUUCCUAAACUAUCAAGUUCAAAGAAAACAUCUCUAAGGUACGCUUUACAAUUAGAUAUCACCAAGAAUGAUUCCAUUUUAGCAUGGGAAAAGGAUUUAAGGAAGCUUUUAACUUCUCUUGAAAUUGCUAUUACAACAACAAGAAAUACAAAUGCAAUUCCUCCUAGAACCCCUAGAGACAAUGAAACACGUCUUAAAGUUCAAAAUACUCUUCUUACAUACCAACCAGACAUAGUUCUUGCUCUUGUUAUCGAAGGAUUCAAAAAAUUACGGCCAAGUCCGAAUUUCAAGCUUUCUGAGACUGUUAACACUACAAUUCAAGAGAUCAUGAGUAUAACUCAAGAAGACGUCGACUACGACAUGCACGAAAUGAAUAUUGAAACAUCAGAAUAUAUUGUUGAGCAAGGACUUGAAAAAAUGGCUCAGCGCAUGAAGUUUACUUCUCAGAAAGUCCAAUCACACUUCCUCGCCAUGAUUAUCUGUACAACUGACCAAUCAGAAGGAGAAAAAUAUCUUAAUUGUACAGGACGUUGCACAGAGACAGCCAUUAGAUGUGCAAGUACAGAUAUAUCAUCAUUGCUUCCAUUCCUCAUCAAUUGGGUCUGUUAUGAGUACGUAAAGAGCCCAAGAGAAAGAUUUGUUCGAAUUACGGAAAAAGUUGCAGUUGCAAUCUGUGGAAAGCUCAGCGAAAAGGAUGCUCCACAAGAAUCAUCUAUUCUCGUAUUCCUUCGUUCGUUGCCUGCAAUUGAUCCUUCAUUAUUUUCCGUUUUGGCCGACCAAGUUAAUCGCAGUCCAAACACCUCCAGAAUCAUUAUCUUCGCCAUGGCCAACGUCGUACAGAACACAAUCCUUAUCCAAAAAGACUCAUUAAAUUCAAUUUUCGAACUUUGCAUUUCCCCCGACCAAUUAAUCCGAAAGAACGCUAUUGAGAUCAUGAUCAACUCAUUUUACGCUGGAAGACUGUUUGUUACCGAAAUUGAAGAUUAUAGCAAAGAUAAAUUGAAGCAAGGAUCAUUAGAAGAGGACCAGAACUCCGCAGAAAGAUACCUACACAUAUUCUUCGAAGUUCUCAAGCAAAAUGUCAAUCUUUUGCUAAAUCUCCUCGAAAUGUACGAUAAAAUGAACGAAAAAGUUCAAUCCAGUGUCAGAACACAUCUUUUAACUCAGAUGCCACAGAUUGGUUUCAACUACGACAUCAUUAGUGGUUUGUUUGCAGCACAAAAUGCAGAAAAUGUCAAAUUAAUUCACUUUAUUUUAGACAAUCUUUCAAAGAUCAAUACAAUUCCAAGCCAGAUCACUGUAUUGAUCAAGAGCGAGUUCGAGAAGACAAACGACGGCAGAUUCCUUAUUCCUAUCAUCCAGACACUCACAGAAACAGAGUUCUUCAACUAUAUUCCGAUAUUCUUGACUCUCAGGAAAUCAGGAAGAAACAGAGCUUUCGAAAUCUACAUCAUGCAGAAACUGAAGAACCAAGCUAAAGAACCACGUGUGAAAUUGAUUUCUGAAUUGUUGAAACCCAUAGAAGCGAAACCAUAUAAAUCACAAAUUGCUGCUUUGAACUAUUGCAUGUCCAAGAAAGAUGUCAUUGAUUACACGACAAUUGCUGCUGCUGUAAAUAAAACAAUGACAAGUUCUAAGAAGAAUUUGGACUUAAUUUGUGAACCUUUGUUGUUUAUCGUUGAUGAAUACAGCGAAAACUCAAAACACGUCGAAAAGAUUUGCCAAGAUUUGAUUAAAAUGAAUGUUCAUUUUAACGAAUUCGCUUGGCCAAAGAUGAUUACUUUGUUUGAAAAGAUGAAUAUGUUUAAGAUUUAUAAUUUACCACUUGAAAAAAUCGAAGAAGUCGCUAAGAAAUGUCCUAGAUUACUCACAUUCAUGAAGAAUGAUAGCAAUAAGAAGAAAGUGCCAAAGAAGGUAUUGCAGCUCUUAGAAACACUUUAA